AAUUAGUAGAGAAAAUCACCCAUAAGCCGCUUUCCACCUUCGGACAAUUUGACUUUCGCAGGACGCUCGAAGGACCGAGUAUAAAACGAAAGAAAGGAGUUUUUCUCAGUCUUUAUUUAAUUUAUUUUAACACUGGAAGCAUAACUAUGUACAAGAAUCAAUUGUCUUGUGUCCUGGUGACUGCAUUGGUCGUGCUUACGCGGGGACAAAAUUUGAAUGAAUGCCGCAGAGGAGUAAAACGGCCUCACCCAACUCAGGAAAACGCCUAUCAGAUUUUCUCCCGGAACGGCUGGAGGUCGCAAUGGAUCGACCAAGAGUGUCCUUUGUACCAGAUAUACGACCAGGAUGCCUGUCAGUGUACAGACGGGUACAGGAGGACCACCACCCCUGCCCCAGCCACCACCACCCCUGUACCUGCAACGCCCGUCCCUAAUGAAGACCCGGGAGCGGAGGGCCCAAACUGCGGCUUCCAUCAACCCCACCCAGAGAACCCUAGCAUGUACGCAAGGAAGACUGACAACGGCUGGAUCACAGAAGACUGUAACUGGCCUUUCUACACCGGACUUGUAUGGGACCAGAACACCUGCAGGUGUGAGUGGGGCCCGGAUAGGACCUUCCCCCCUCGUAAGAUGGACCAGAGUCAAGCUGUUCCUUCACCAUGCCUCGUGAUGUUGAACAUGACCUUUGACCAGGCCAUCGAGGACCAGUCACGUGGUCUUUGGCUCAAACGAACCAACGCCGACAACGCCCGCGUCAUCCAAGACCACACCGCUGUUGGCGGAGGUUGUGCCUUGUUCCAAGAUUCCAGCGUCGCCAUCCCUUUCUUCAAGAGCAACACCCUGGGCAAGUCUUUCCACAUCACCUUCCGGUUCAAGCCCUGUGACAACAACCCUUCAGCGGAGAUAACUGUAAUUCACAACGGCUGCUCGGACGUCAACAGACUGCCCCCCACGCUGAGAGUGUCGUACCGGCCGUGGUCCAGGGAGUUCUCGAUGGAGUUCGAAUCCGAAAAUGACGUUCAGCCAACGAGGGAGGGAUGCACCUUGACACAAUCGGGCACUGGAUGGAAUGACGUGGACAUCCGGUACGAAGAUAACGUCCUGGAGGUCAGCGUCAACAGCGCCAUCUGCAUCAGAUCCAGCCUCUUUUCAGGGGACAUCAAGACGACUGACUGCCCCUUGACUCUCCCCGGAGAAAAUACCUGUGUUCACCUUGACGAGAUGGUAAUUACGCGGGGUUGCCCUCAACAGUAAACUACUACCAGAACGUGUCACAUCACGCUUCCUUCAUCCGGGGCACUAGACCAAUGGCCUUGACCCUUGAUAUUUCAAGAUGGAGGAACGAGUUUUUAUUUUCAGUUCAAAUUAUGACUUUUGUCGUCCAGUGGGCCAGAGGAAAUUCCCUUCUAUCGCCCCUCGCCACAAGUAUUGCAUGCGUGUUUUUCUGCAUGUGUGUGUUAUUUUUGUCAUGUAGUUUGUAUCAAUAAAAUAACCGAGUGUACAAAUAAUUUAAAUGUAUUGUCGCUAUUAAAUCUAUGCCUUAAGUGAG